AUGGAGGCUCAAUAACAUUAAGCUUUAUUGGAUCCUCAAGAUUUCUUUGUAGAGUAGCAGAACCUAAUUUAAUAUAAACCAAUAAAAGUUGGAAAAAACCUUUUACUUAAUAAAUACCUCUUAAUAGAAAUAUUUUCCUUCAGUUGGAAUCAAAAAAAGGAUAAACAAUCAAUUAUUAAUAACUUUUAUAACAUUAGAAUUUGCAUGGAUUACUCUCUUGAUGUGGAUCCAAUCUUCGAAGACUCUCAUAGAACAUUUGAGGGUUUUGAUAAUGCAAUUCUUUGGAAAAAACUUGAGUCAAUUAUUGUCUUUAAAAGACCAAAUAAAAUAAUUCUCUUCAAUGAAAAAGAUUUUGAUGAUCUUUCAUAAAUAGAUACAACUUGUGUUAAAAAAUUGAAGGUGAAGCAAAUAAAACUUAAUGCAGAUAAUUUCUUAGUCAAUCUUAAAUUCAUUAAAACAAGAGCCUCAGGAAUCAGAAAUCUUUUAUCAAAUCUUGCUGGCUUUUAGUACCAGAAACUUAGAGGCAUAAAUAUUUAGAUUGAUAAAAACUGUUCAGAUUAAUUUAUAGAGAUAAGUGAUUAGUUAGAUCAAUUCCCAUAUCUGAAACACAUUAAGAUCUAACUAUUCUAUACAAUAAACGAUAACUUAACUGAUUAGUAAAAGUAAAGAAUUGUAGAUUCACUCAGAAAUGUUUCUCUUCGGAUGAAUUUGAGAAAGUUAAAGCUUCAAUAUAAAGCGUAGACCCUUUAUUACCUAUAGUCACAAUUUGAUAACUUUUAUAAAGGGAUGCAAGAUUGGAUAUAACUAUCCAAACUAACUCAUCUUACUCUAGCUCUUUAGAAUGUUCAGCAGGUCCAGGGAUUCCUUAAUAUAUUUAAGAUAGAGAACUAGAUUAGAUAUUUGGAUCUAACCAUUAUUCCUGAAAGAAUUCCAUUGAAUAUCUAAGACUUAAAGCCAAGGAACAGUUUACAUACAUUGAAGUUAACAAUGAAAAACAGAGGAGAACUAUUCCCAAAACUGAUUCUGUCAAGAUAGAACAAUUCAGUAAGAAAGUUGGAUUUACAUGUUGCCGUAACUAAUAAACUUAUCAGAAGAAUAUCUAAGUCCUAAUGUGAGAACUUGUCCUUAAGAUAACCUAUUGAGGAUAUAAUAAGAUUAAAAGGCCUAUUAAAAACGUUUAAAGAAACAAGAAGAUUGUAAAAAAAUCUAAAUGUCUUAAAAUUAGCUCUGGGAAAAUACAAUUAGCUCUAUAAAAAAUAGCCAAUAACAAAUAAAAUGAAGUAGUGA